AUGAACACGGACGCACAACUCCGCUUUAAUUGCCGCAAGCGCUGCCUACCGGCUGACGGUCGCCUCGACGACCACUGGCGCGGCCAGCAGCGCAAGCGCCGCGGCGUCCGCGUCCUCGUUCCCGACUGCUUCCUCGUGCCCCCGCCGGAAGCCAAAUCCGCUGAUUUCGACAUGUGGGACUACAUCCGCAGCAUCCCGGACAUGUGGGACAACGGCCUGAGGCUGCUUAAGGACUGGGUCCGUGCGUCCAAGGAUGUGCCGCAGGAUCCGCCGGAUCUCACGUAUCUCACCAAGAACAACGAUGUGAAGCCAGGGCGCGUGGUGGGGAGUUGGAAAAUAGAGAACUCCAGGAAGGUCGCCUUGAAGGCGGUGAAACCGCGUUGGAAGGAUCUCCUCGAGGAGACGAGACAUAAUGACAAGAGGUUGCGCGAGAUCGGCGACGAGGUGGCCUUUCUGGAGAAGACGCUUGAGGAGCAGAGGAAGCUGGCUGAGCCGCCUAAGGAGGAUCUGUCUCAAUUCUUUGUACCUCUAACUGCUGAAGAUGAAAAGGAAGUUCAGGAUUGUUUGUAUGGUAAUGGUUCAAGUAGCAAAGUCCUGGUGCUGCAUGAACCGUCUAACAUUGAGGUUAGCAGGGAAAAAUUUCGGUGUUUGAGACCACAUGGCUGGUUAAAUGAUGAGGUCAUUAAUUUGUACCUUGAAUUGUUAAAGGAGAGGGGAAUAAGAGAACCAAAAAGGUUCUUGAAAUGCCAUUUCUUCAAUACAUUUUUUUAUAAGAAGCUUGCUUGUGGAAAAACUGGAUAUGACUACAAAUCUGUAAAAAGAUGGACUACCUCCAGGAAGUUGGGUUAUGAGCUCAUUGAAUGUGAUAAAAUCUUUGUCCCCGUACAUCAAAAUGUGCAUUGGUGUUUGGCAGUUAUAAACAUAAAGGCGAAGACAGUACAAUAUCUUGAUUCUCUUGGCGGCAAUGAUCUUCGUGUAUACGAAAUGCUGGCUAGAUAUAUUGUAGAUGAAGUGAAGGACAAGAGUAAUAAAGAGAUUGACAUAAGUUCUGGGACCAAAGAAUCUAUUGAUUGUAUUCCUUUACAAGAGAAUGGGUUUGAUUGUGGUAUGUUUAUGCUCAAGUACAUUGAUUUCCUCAGCAGAGGAGUCAGCUUAUCUUUUGGUCAGGAACACAUGGAAUACUUUCGGAGGAGAACAGCUAAGGAAAUCUUAAGACUAAGGGCUGACUAA